UGCACAAGGCCCACAUUGCGCAAGGGUAUAUAUAUCAGUGCUCGCGGAAUUAGCCGAUCCUCGCCGCCGGUAAGGGGCUCGCUCUGGCGCGGACACGUCGGUGCGUCGGUCAGACAAAAAAGAGAGAAACAUGAAGGCUCUGCUCUCUCUCUUCACGACCUACCUGGCAAUCGCUCUUUCCAAGGCUAACUAUGGAUACGGAAACAUUUACAAUGGCAUUGGCAGCUACAGCUUUGGCAGCCCAGGCUUGCAUGGUGGCCUCAGCGGCUACGGAAACUUCGGUUUCUAUGGUAGCUCGGCCAAUCCAGGCAUGUAUGGUGACCUCAGCGGCUACGGAAACAACGGCUGGUAUAGUGGCUCCGGCAUGCCAGGCUUGUACGGCGGAUCCGGUGGCCUAGGCAACUACGGCAUGUAUGGUGCAUCAGGUGGCCUAGGUAACUACGGCAUGUAUGGCGGAUCCGGCUAUCCAGGCUUGUACGGCGGAUCCAGUGGCCUAGGCAACUACGGCAUGUACGGCGGGUCCGGCUAUCCAAGCUUGUACGGCGGAACCGGUGGUCUAGGCAACUACGGCAUGUAUGGUGUAUCAGGUGGCCUAGGUAACUACGGCAUGUAUGGCGGAUCCGGCUAUCCAGGCUUGUACGGCGGAUCCAGUGGUCUAGGCAACUACGGCAUGUACGGCGGGUCCGGCUAUCCAGGCUUGUACGGUGGAUCCGGUGGCCUAGGCAACUACGGCAUGUAUGGUGGAUCCGGCUAUCCAGGCUUGUACGGCGGAUCCGGUGGCCUAGGCAACUACGGCAUGUACGGUGGAUCCGGUGGCCCAGGCAACUACGGCAUGUAUGGUGGAUCCGGUGGUCUAGGCAACUACGGCAUGUAUGGCGGGUCCGGCUAUCCAGGCUUGUACGGCGGAUCCGGUGGCCUAGGCAACUACGGCAUGUACGGUGGAUCCAGUGGCCUAGGCAACUACGGCAUGUACGUUGGAUCCGGUGGUCUAGGCAACUACGGCAAGUAAGGUGGAUCCGGCUAUCCAGGCUUGUACGGUGGAGGUGGAUACCCUGGUGUCCCUCUGCAAGCAUUGUGAAACGUGUGUACGCCGCUCCCAGCACGUACAUGGCUGCUUCGCUGGGGGUUGUGAUGCAGUUACAAGAAAGUGCGCGAAGCGGCAGCCAUUGCUUAUUAAAAUGUAAGUAAGUUACCUUGGUAAAUGUGUCGUUGCAUAUCCCGUGCCGGAGUAUUGCAACGAACCUAUUCCUGCAUUUUCGCACUUAUUCAGUGGUCCGUCCGGCGCUCCACUCACGUUAUCACCUAUAUAUAUUAGUUGGUAGAUUGAAUCCUGGAUCAAAAUAACGGAAUAAAAUUGAGCGAAAUGAA